CCCGCACCCGGCGCCGCGCGCGCUCCCGCCAGGCUCCACCGGCCCCGGGGCUGCCCCCAGCCGGUUCUGGGGCACGUACCGGCCGCACGUGUACUUCGGCAUGAAGACCCGCAGCCCCCGCGCGCUCGUCACCGGGCUGAUGUGGCUGCAGCAGCAGGAAGGUGGCGGCGGCCUCAGGCACACGUGCGAGGAGAGCGACGGGCUCGGCCGGUACGGGUGGGUGAUGCACGACGGGGAGAGCUUCGGGGUGCAGGAGAUCCGGGACGGGACCGUGGAGCUGAGAACAGAGUUCCUGAAGAGACCCGGAGGGGAACACGGAGGGGACUGGAGCUGGAGGGUGACAGCGAGGACGGAGAACACAACCUCUCCCCCUCCGCUGCUCUCCCUCUUCUUCUACGCGGCCACAGACGGUCAGGGGACACUGGAGCCGCAGGUGGAGAAUGGGACACGUUUGGCUGUGGUCAAAGGGACAACAGAGGAGCUGGGACACUUCACCCUCAGCUUCCUGCGCCCCACGGUGCCGGACUCCGGGGACCCCAAACACGCCAGUUACCACUGGUUGGAUGCGCCGAGCCCAGGGCUGCACCGUCUGACGGAGCUGGUGCGGAGCAGCCUCAGCCCCCGCUCGGUGUUCUCGGCACCGGGGCGGCCGCGGCGCCGGUUCUUCGCCCUGUACCCGUCCGGGGGCCUGCCCGGUGACCCCCCCCGCGGGCAGGUGCUGCUGCACCAGGUGACGCUGGAGCCGCCGGCGGUGCUGGAGGUGACGUUUGAGUCAGGCAGCGCGGCACCGGCGCCGGAGCCGUUGGCGGGAGCCGCGUUCUCCGCCGCCAUGGCGCGGCAUGAGGCUGCCUUCCGGCAGCGCUUCGAGGCCACCUUCGGGCUGGCCGGGAAGGGGUUCACGGUACCGGAGCAGCGGUUCGCGCAGGCCGCGCUCAGCGAGGUGCUCGGCGGCAUCGGGUACUUCCACGGGCACUCCCUGGUGCAGGCGGCGCCCGGUGAGCCCGCGGUGCCCGGAGCCGAGGCCGCGCUCUUCACGGCCGUCCCCUCCCGCUCCUUCUUCCCCCGUGGGUUCCUAUGGGAUGAAGGCUUCCACCAGCUGCUGGUGUCGCGGUGGGACCCGGCGCUGAGCCGGGAGGUGCUGGCGCAUUGGCUGGACCUGAUGAACGCCGAGGGCUGGAUCCCGCGGGAGCAGAUCCUGGGGGACGAGGCUCGGGCCAAGGUGCCCCCCGAGUUCGUGCUGCAGAGCAGCGAGACCGCGAACCCCCCAACGCUGCUGCUGGCGCUGGAGCGGCUGCUGCCGGCGGCACCGCGGCCCUUCCUGCAGCGCCUGUUCCCGCGCCUGUGCGCGUGGUACGCGUGGCUCAACCGCACGCAGGCCGGGCCGGAGCCGCUGAGCUUCCGCUGGCGCGGCCGCGACACCGAACACCAGCGCUUCCUCAACCCCAAGACGUUGGCGUCGGGGCUGGACGAUUACCCCCGCGCCUCACACCCGUCCCCGCAGGAGCGGCACCUGGACCUGCGCUGCUGGAUGGCGCUGGGCGCCCGCGUGCUGGCGGCCGUGGCUGAGCGCCUGGGUGAGCCGGUGGAGCCGUUCCGUGCCGCGGCACAGGCGCUCACUGACAAUGAGCUCCUGGAGCAGAUGCAUUGGGCGCCAGAGCUCGGAGCCUUCGCCGACUACGGCAACCACAGCGCGGCCGUGGCCAUGCGCUGGCAGCCGCCGGCACCGGCAGCACCGGGACAGCCGCCGGCAGCACCGCAGCUCGUGCGGGAGGUGCGGGAGGCUCCACGGCUCCGGUUCGUGGAUGCCCUGGGCUACGUGAGCCUGUUCCCGGUGCUGCUGCAGCUGCUGCGGGCGGACUCCCCGCACCUGCCCGCGGUGCUGGACGCCAUGCGCAGCGAGCGGCAGCUCUGGUCGCCCUAUGGGCUGCGGUCGCUGGCGCGGGACAGCGCGUUCUACCUGCGGCGCAACACCCAGCACGACCCCCCGUACUGGCGCGGCUCCGUCUGGCUCAACAUCAACUACCUGGCGCUGCGGGCGCUGCACGGCUACGCCAGCACCGAGGGCCCGCACCGGGAGCGCGCGGCACAGCUGUACCGGGAGCUGCGCCACAACCUCAUCACCAACGUGUACCGGCAGCACGCGGACAGCGGCUUCCUAUGGGAGCACUACAGCGACAGCAACGGGCGCGGGCAGGGCUGCCGGCCCUUUGCCGGCUGGACCGCGCUGGUGGUGCUGGCUAUGGCCGAGGACUAUUAGUGCUGCCCGCGCGGUUCUGCCUUGUCUCAGGUGCCGGGGGGCUCCUGUGCCCCCCACAAUAAACCUCCACACCCCGUG